AUGCCGCCAACGCCGCCGCAUGCCACCAACGCCGCUGCCACCUCCAGUGCAGCCGAGCGCAUGUCUCACUACCGAGCACCUCCUUCGGCGUACUAUGGCGGCAGUGGCAGUGGCAGUGGCGGUCCAGCCAUGCCGCCGUCGCAAGCAGGUCCUGCUGCUCCAACGCUCUCGUCCAUUGCGGCAGCGUCGUCAGGCAACUACUACCGUGCAGACGGGGGCGGUGCUGUCGGAUCCGACCGCGCUUAUGGUGCUCCUGUUGGCAGCGGAGCAGUCGCGUCGUACGCUCCGGGAUACCCUUCCAACAACGCCCCUCAGCAACCCGCGCUGACCGAUCUGUACGGCGGCGGCGGCGGCGCGCGUGGUGGUGCCAGUGGCUACGGAGCACAGCCAGCAACCAACUCUGCUUCUGGUGGAUAUGGCAGCGCCAGUGUCGCGUCUGGUGCGCAGUACGGUGUGAUUGGCUCCGGUCUGUACGGCGGCGGUGGCUCGACAGCCGGCGGCCCUGCCUCAACCUCUGCUGCAGGCUCCUCGUCCUCCUCGUUCUUUUCGGCACCUCCGUCUUCCAUUCCACGCUACGGCUCGUACGGUAGCCAGGGACAGCAAGCGCAGGCACCCCCGAGCCAACCGCCGCAGACAGCGACCUACCCGGCUCCCGUCAUCUCUGCCGGCUACAACUCUCAAUCUCAGGCCCCAUCUGUCGGUGGCUAUAGUGGAUACAAUGCAAACGCCGCCCCAGCGUCGUCCACCCCUUCGCAGUCCAGCUGGAGCAAUCCGUCCAUCCCCAACGCUGCGUCGUACGGAAACUCUGCUCCUGUCAGCUCGGCUGCACUGAACGCCGCGUUCGGUGGUGGCUAUGCUAAUCAUGCACAGCAGCAGCAACAACAACCACAGUCGAGCUCCUACCUCAAGCCGGGUUACGGCGCUCCAAAUGCAUAUGCCAAUGACCAACAGGGCUAUGCUGGGCCUGGCUAUGCUUCUGCUGGACAACCGCAGCAGCCGCAGCAGCCGCCACAAGGCUACGGUUCGAACAACUAUGCAGGUCAGGCUCAGAAUGCCCAAUCGCACUAUUCUGGCCCGCAGUCUUCCUACCCGUCACAGCAGCAGCAGCAGCAGCAGCAGCAUCAGCAACAGCAACAACAACCGCAACAGCAGUACCAGCCGUCGGGUGCUCCGUCCUAUGGCGGCGGUGGAUACGCUGCUCCAGGCGGAGAGCAGCGCUCUGGCUACGCCGAUUCCCAGCAACGAGGAGGUCGUGGCAACUCUUCCAGCUAUGCCCAGCCUGCUCCUCCCGCUCAACAAGUCAGCGGCUAUGUCAUGCCUGGCGGGUACGGACCGCAGGGAGGCAGCCGAUACGACAGUCACCGCGAUGGCAACGACAGCCGACGCGACGCGCAGCGCAGCGGCUACGACCAGCGUAGCGGCAGCGGUUAUGACCAGCCGCAGCAGCGUGGUGGCUACGACCAGCCGCAGCAGCGCGGUGGCUACGAACCACAGCCGCCUCAGCAGCGCGGCGGUUACGAUGCUCAGCGCGGUGGCUACGAACCCCAACAGCGCGGUGGCUACGAACCUCAGCCGCCUCAACAGCGCGGUGGCUAUGAUGCUCCGCGCGGUGGACCAGAGCCCCCGCGAGGUGGUGGCUAUCGAGGAGGACCAGCGGGCUACGAUCGGCGCGAUGACGGGCCUCGCGACUUUGGUCGUCCCCGCUUUGAUGAUUUCGGUCGUCGGGAUGACUUCCGUGGUGAGCCGCGCGACUUUGGUCGUAGCGGGUAUGUCGGUCGCGAUCGCGGUGGCCGUGACGAUUUUGCACGUCCUGGGCGUCGUGAUGAGCGUGACUUCCCUCGUGACUAUUCUGACGGCCGCGACGGCCGACGUGAAGAGCGCCGCAGCGCUGGCGGGCCGCGGUUUGACACGACCGCCUCUCGCACGCUCUUCCUUGGAAACCUGCCCUACUCUUUCAGCAAGAACGAUGUGGAAGCGCUGUUUUCCAAGCCGCAAGAGAUUGAGCUCAUCACCAUCAAGUUUGACGAGCGGACUGGUCAUAACAAGGGCUUUGCGUUCGUGCGCAUGCCUACCAGAGAGAUUGCCGAGCAAACGCUUGCUUCCCUGCGUGACGUGACUGUUGGCGGUCGUCGUUUGCGCUUGGACUUCCAUUACGAGCUGCCCGAAGACGCCGAUCCAUCGGCCUCUCGCUCCUCCGGUCGUCCGCGCUCUCGUUCCCGCUCUCGUUCCCGAUCGCCUGCGCGAGGCGAACGCUCGAGGUCGCCUCCUCGACGUGAGCGCACAUCGUCCAGUUCGACUGAUCCCUCGGCAUCCACUGCGCCGGCCACGUCUGGCUCGGACGCGAGCUCGAAAGGUGCCGCUGCUGUUGCUCAUCCCGAAGGCCCAACAAGCACGGCACCACAUUCAGAUUCAUUGACGGCUUGACACGGUGGAACCUAGCAACAAGGGGUGUGUGUGUGGGGGGGGGAAUGGAAAGAAAUGCAAGAGGGUUGAGGCUUUGGCGACUCUUGUUGCUGCGACGCGAUUUGCUGUAUUUCCAAGCUCCUUCAGUUCCUCGGUGAUGAGUUUCCUUCGACCAACCAUGCCAUUCGUUGAUUGUUGAUGUUCGAGCCCCGAUCCCGCGCGUGAUUGGAUUCUCGAGCCUCCGUUGAGCUGCUGAACUUUUUUUUUUUCCGUUGCUGUUGCUUUCUUUUUCUUUGUUUUUGUGUCGAGGCGUGUGUCAUUUUUUUGUUGUGCGAUUGGUGUUGACUUGCAGUUGAUUCUAUCGACGUCGAUCUCCACGUUGAAAGUUGAUAUUCGAUAUUAUUCUCUUUUUCGUUGAUUUUUUCGUGUCGAUGUUUUACCAGCCACUCGUGGUGUUGUUUGUUGUUUUCAAAAUAUUUAGUUUUGAAUGGGA